CGGGGCCCGGCGGCAUCGGGGCGCAGCGCGGCGGAGCAGAUACCAGGAUGAAUCUGAAGAAAUAUUUCAUCCGGGCCCUGCACCGCCUCCAGAAGGGCCCUGGCUACACCUACAAGGAGCUGCUGGUCUGGUACUGCGACAACACCAACACGCACGGCCCCAAGCGCAUCAUCAAGGAGGGGCCAAAGAAGAAAGUCAUGUGGUUCUUCCUAACGCUGCUCUUCGCCUCCUUGGUCUUCUGGCAGUGGGGAAUCCUCAUCAACACCUACCUCUCUUACGACGUCACCUCAUCGCUCUCUAUCGGCUUUAAGACCAUGAAGUUCCCAGCAGUCACAGUCUGCAAUGCCAACCCCUUCAAGUACUCAGAGGUGAAGCCCCUGCUGAAGGAGCUGGACAAACUCAUCGAGGCGGCGCUAGAGAGGAUCCUGCAGCCCACACAUGGGGACCCCAUUUCGCCCCUGCCGCUGAACGGCAGCAACACCACUGAGGGGCUGGAUUUGGAGCUCUGGAACCAGAUCCCACUGGUGCUCAUUGAUGAGCAGGACAAGGACAACCCAGUCAUCGUGGAGAUCUUUGAGACCAACCAAAGCGCCGCAGGGAACCAAACUGCUGCUCCUCCUGCCCCCACCAACGCGACGUCGGAAGAGAAGAAGUACAAGCUGGCGGUGAAGCUGUGCAGCCACCAGGGCUCCAACAACUGCACCUACAGGAACUUCACCAGCGCAGCGCAGGCGGUGACCGAGUGGUACAUCCUGCAGUCCACCAGCAUCCUGUCCAAAGUGCCGCUGCAGGAAAGGAUUAGGAUGGGCUACCAGGCAGAAGACAUGAUCCUGGCGUGUCUCUACGGGGCCGAACCUUGCAACUACAAGAAUUUCACCCAAAUCUAUCACCCAGACCACGGUAACUGCUACAUCUUUAACUGGGGCAUGGACAAAGAGGCUUUGAAUUCUUCCAACCCGGGAGCCGAGUUUGGGCUGAAGUUAAUUCUGGAUAUCAGCCAGCAGGACUAUAUCCCCUACCUGUCGUCUGCCGCCGGGGCACGGCUGAUGCUGCACCAACAGAAGAGCUUCCCAUUCCUUAAGGAUCAGGGCAUCUACGCGAUGGCUGGGACAGAAACCUCCAUCGGUGUGUUAGUGGAUGAGCUGGAGCGGAUGGGCUAUCCCUACAGCGACUGCACCAUGAACGGGUCUGACGUCCCAGUAAAGAACCUCUACAGCGAAUACAAUACUUCCUAUUCCAUACAGGCUUGCCUACGCUCCUGUUUCCAGAACCACAUGACAGAAAUCUGUGGCUGUGGUCACUACAUGUUUCCUUUACCAGAAGGGGUAACUUACUGCAAUAACGAAGAUAACCCUGGUUGGGCGUAUUGCUAUUCAUCACUGAGAUCGAGUAUAAGACACAGACAAAUUUGCAUUGACUCUUGUAAGGAAACAUGCAAUGACACACAGUACAAGAUGACCAUCUCCAUGGCAGAUUGGCCCUCUGAGGCUUCCGAGGACUGGAUUUUCCAUAUUUUGUCUUAUGAAAGAGAUAUGUCAACAAAUGUGACUCUGGACAGGAACGGCGUCAUCAAGCUGAACAUCUACUUCCAGGAGUACAACUACCGGACGAUCUCGGAGUCAGCUGCCACCACGAUCGUGUGGCUGCUGUCGAGCCUAGGAGGUCAGUUCGGGUUCUGGAUGGGGGGCUCCGUGCUGUGCCUCAUUGAGUUUGGGGAAAUCAUCAUCGACUCGCUGUGGAUCACCAUAAUCAACAUCAUCAGCUGGUGCAAAGGCCUGAAGCAGAAACGUGCGCGGGCACGGUACCCAGACGUGCCACCAACUGUGUCGGAGCUGGUGGAGGCUCACACCAACCUGGGCUUCCAGCAUGAGGAGGCCAGUGCUGCGACGCAGGGAGAGGCGCUGCCCCCUGAGCCUGGCACCCCCCCACCCAACUACGAUUCACUGCGUGUGCAGCCACCUCGCAACCCAGGCACAGACAGCGACAACGAGAGCGAGGAGCAACGUCCUGCAGCCAAGCACCAUGAGGAUGCCUCGGUUUGGGCUGAGUGACCACCAGAGCUCCACCCAAAUCAGGGAGCCGGCAGCCCUCGCCUCCUCCCCUCCCCUAAAAACUCUAUCUAAUAAAUCCCUCAGUAAAUCU